AUGACAACUAUCAUCAACAAUUUAAUCCAAAAUGAUCAAUAUGAAUUACAACUUGAACUUAACAGAAGAAAAACAAUGCUUCGAUUAGAUGCUGAAGAACAUAAACUUGUUGAACAUUUUUAUCAAAUGAAGCCAAGACAAACCGAAAUCAAGUCUGCUAAAGUUAUCUUCAAAGCUAUCAAUGAACAACAAAAUAUAAUUCAUGAAAUUGCUAUCUUUAAGAAAUGGCUUCAAGUUCACAUACAAGCACCAUCAUAUACACUUCAAGAUUUACUUCAGAAUUCUGGAUUUAAUACUUCAUCAAUUCGUCAUCGUCAACCGAUAAAAUCUUCUAAAGAAACAGCUAGAAUACCAUUUCUAGUUCGUCAACAAUUAUGUAAAGUAUUAGAUCCACCUAAUUCACUCGGCAAUGAUUGGCGUAUGUUUGCAAGCAAUUUACUUGGAAUAAAUUAUCUUCAAUAUUUUGCAACGAAAACAAGUCCAACUGAACAUUUAUUAACAUUAUGGGAAGCUCGACAAGAAUCUCUUGUUAAUAUGAUUAAUGUACUUAAUCAAAUAGGUCGUAGUGAUGCUGCAUCGAUUAUUCUCCAACACUGA